ACACUCACCGAUUGGAAUAAUCUUUGGUACGGUGACAUUUACAACUUCCCUCAAGUUGCUUUUAGUAGAGCUUUGGAAGAGGAGGAAGACGCGGGAGUGAAUAUAGAAGGCGAGGACUAUGGAGAAGAUGAAGAAAACGAAGGACAAGAAGCAGAAGAGGAGAUUGAUGAAGAGCUAGAGAAAGAACUAGAAGAACAGAGCGAAAACGAAGAGAUUGAAUAUGUUGAAGCUGACAGUCAUCUAGAAAGAGAGUUAGAAAGUGAAUCGGAUAUAGAAGACACUGAACCUAAAGAUACAAAUGCCGACAAAGAUAAUGCCAGGAGAAAAACAAGAUUUGAAAUUGAAUACGAAAUUGAAUACGAAACUGAAGCUCUUUCUAAAAACUUGAAACGUACAGUGAACUUGAAAAAGUGGCGGUACCGAUUCCGUUACUAUCAGAUUGACAACAUAGGAUCCCAGAAAUCCACAGAUGCUGGUAACGAAAUUCGUGACACCCAUCUAAGUACUGGAAUUUCACCCGGUUACCAUCAGGCUGCCAAUACACUGCCCGUAGCUCAGAGGGAAGACAGGCCCAAAUUUGGUUUUAUUUACAGAUUCUAUUCGCUAGCCCAUUGA